UGUAAUCGAAAUGGCGGAUCGAGACUUCGUAGAAGUAACUGAUAAUGAGGAGUCCCUCUCAGGUGCAUCGCUGCUAGCGUCUGCCCUGAAGAUUCAAGGUGUGGAAUACAUGUUUGGAGUUGUAGGAAUACCAGUCAUAGAGAUAGCAGGGGCAGCGCAAGCAGAGGGAAUCAAAUACAUUGGUAUGAGAAACGAACAAGCGGUAAGUGAUUGGUGAGGAACUUUUCCUUAAAGCACCACCAUUGCAAGUAGUCUAACUUGUGAUUAGGCGUUUCUCGUGUAGCAGCGCAAGAAUCGGAGGUCGACUGUUCUGCAGUUAUUCACACAAUCUCCCCCAUCACCCUCCCCCUCCACCCUGUUAGUCACUGUCACGCGCUCCCACACCUACUAAACGCUGUUAUACACACAAUCUCCCCCCUCUCCCUCCCUUUUUUUCAAGAUAGGGACGCCUGAUGCAGGGUACAGUUUGUCUGAUCUAAGUAUAAUUUGGAUAACAUGAGUGAACUUAUCUUUACAGGCGUGUUAUGCGGCAUCAGCGGUUGGAUAUUUGACUGGACGGUAAGAUAUUCAGUUUGUUUUCUAUCAAUCACUGAAUUUACCAUCCAAGGAUUUUACUUUGCAAUAUUCCAUGGGCUCUUUUGAACCCAUGAAAAUGAGAGAUAGGGAAAAAAAACCUUGAGGAAUAAUUUAUCUUAAAUGCCAAAUUCAGAACGACCACAAAUUACCAUGUAUUGAGCCAAAACAUAAAGAAGCUAAGUUAUAAUAGUGCAGAUUUAAUACUUUAAGCCCUAAAGGUGACCAAUAUCCAAUUUCUCAUUACCAAAACAUUGUGGAAUGUUUCCAUGUGAUCAAAAGAUUAAAGAAAUGAUCACCAAUCAAAGUUUUGAUUAUUACACAAAUUCUCCUCAUCAGUACCAAAGAAAAUGUAUAGAGAAGAGUAUGGAGAAUAUGGACUUGGAUAGCGAUGUCAGGAUGUAAAGAGUUGAUAGACAAGUACCAUCUUACCAAUAGCUUAACCUUUUAACCCCUAAGAGUGACUGGCAUCUAAUUUCUCCUCACCAUAUCACCCUGAAUCAAACAUUAAGGUCAGGAGAAUAAAGGAACUGAUCACCGAGUAAAGAAGCUCUUGAUUGUUAAACAAAUUCUCCUUGUCAGCACCUUAGGAAAUGUGUAGAAAACAGUAUGGAGAAUAUGCAUACUGAUGUCAGGGUGUAAAGGGUUAAUGGUAGAAAGGUGGAGUACACUGAUUUUAGCUUGGGUACUCCUCUGUCCCUUACAUUGGAAUUAAUUGAAAUUUGGUUAAGAGAAAUAUUGGUGUUUGCGUUGGGAGGAAAAUCAGUUUACCUGGAGAAAAAAAAGGUGUUAUAGAUUAUCUUCACAUUACAUCACAUCAGCUAUAUAGGUUACCAAGCAAUAGAAUCGCAGCCUCACUGGCAUUCCUAGUCGUCUGGUUGGACAUGAACUCCUUUCUCAUGGGCACAAUUUUGUUUGGUUGAAUGAGCUACAUAGCUGCUUACUGCAUGAUUGACAACAUCCUAACCAAGGAUGAGAACCAAGAACGUACUCAACCCUCAUGUGUCAUUGGGUCAUGGCUUCAAACUCUUGCUUAAUCUUUUAACUCCCAAGAUCUGAUUGUAAAUCCUCCUCUUUAGCUGUUACCAAUUUCCUUGUAAAUUAGUUAUAAGAAUUGGGUGCUAGGUCAAGGUGACAACUUCUUCCUGACAAGUUUGAGUAUUCCCAUUACCUGUUUGCUGAAUAAUGAAUGGAUUUUAUAAGGAAAAGUUACAUGUCAAUCACAUCUUAGAGUUUAAGGGUAAAGCCAUGGAAUGAGAGGAUUUUCAGCACUUUACUGUCCCUACCCUCCAUAAUUGCACAGUUUGUCUGUAAUUCUGUAAACCAUUAUAAGUAUUUAAAAGUGAUACUUAAGGCAUUGAAACUAGGAUGAAAAAAAAAAUACCCACAGGAUACAGGUUCAUGUUCAUUUAUGAUCUAACUGAAUGGUUGUUUGCAGACCUGGUGUUUGUCUUGUAGUUUCUGGUCCAGGAUUAUUGCAUGCUCUUGGAGGAAUGGCAAAUGCAAUGAGUAACUGCUGGUAAGUUUUUUUUUGACCUGAGUGACUAGCAUCUCAUCUCUUGGUACGUGAUUACCCCUGAAUCAAAAAUUAACAGCACAAGAAUUAACUUAAGGAAAUGGUCUAAAGAAGCUUUUGGCUUUUAAACAAAUUCUCCUUGUCAACAUGUAAAGAAAUGUGUGGAAAGCAGUAUGGAGAAUAUGCAUACUGAUGUUAGGGUGUGAAGGAUAUUGAAUGAUUGUUCUUCAGGCCUGUGUUAGUGAUCGGUGGGUCAAGUGAUGUUGAUCAAGAAAGCAUGGGUGCUUUUCAAGAAUUUCCACAGGUUUGUAAGUACUCAAUACUUCUCUUGUGCAUUUUAUUUAGGGUACAGUGGUUUGAAAAAGCACUGUUUGCAAUAAUCAUGAAAAAAGAAAGAAAAAAAACCUACUCACAAGACAGGCAACUUAACCCUUUCACUCCCAAGAUCUCAUUAGUAAUUCUCAUCACAGUCUGCUUUACAAUUCUUAUGAUGUCAGUUUGGAGAAUUUGGUGUUGGAUCAACUAAUAAUCAACUAAUGGAUGUUUUUCUUUACUCUCAUCACUUGACUGCUUGACACUGUGUUGAUAUUGUAAGGAGAAAUUCUCUCUUGGUCAGUCAUGGGAGUUAAUUUAUUCUUUUCUGCACCCUAUAUGAAAUGUUCUUCCUAUUUAAGCUUUUAUGAAUAUCAAAUAAUACAGACAAUUGAAAUCAAUAUUCCUCUCUCAUAUGUGCUAGCUUUAUAUACAUGCAUUGUUCUUCUGGGUACUUCUCUUUUUUGUGGUAGCCAUGUUAUGUUCAGUAAUAUAUUUUUUUAAGAACUAGGUGUUUUCAGCAUUACAAAUCUACCUGCCUAGCACUUUUAUAGAUUAUCACACUUUCUGUUGUUUUUUUUUGGAAUAUUUCUAUUAGAUGAAACUAGUAUAAGUUACUUUUAUUGUAACUGCUUCUUGUCAUGCAGGUUAGAUUGCUACUCCAUUAUGGUGAAACCCCUUGUAUUUGAUCAACUUUCUGUAGACCAGUGUUUUCAAUUGCCAAGAACUCCUCACUUAUUAUCCCAGGUUGAAGCAGCAAGACCUUACAGCAAGUAUUCAGCAAGACCAAGCAGUGUAGGAGUGAUACCAUUCUUUGUUGAAAAGGUAAAGAAGGCAGAUUCAUUUAUUUUAGGAAGAUGUGGAAAAGUCCAUCUUUCUGGGUCUGUCAACUUCCUCCUAGAAAAGAUACUUCAACAGCAAUAGUAGAACUUUUGCUGCAAUUUUGCAGUAUUUUUUAAUAUUUUGUAGUUCAGCAGAUAAUUAAACUUCUCUGAAAGAUUACAUCAACUUUUAGAAAUCAGGUAACGUUUUAUUACUGAUUAUUUUUUGUGACUUUUUAUGCUAUAAUUUUAUUAAUAGGCAGUGCGGACAAGUAUGUAUGGAAGACCUGGUGCAUGUUAUCUGGACUUACCAGGGAAUAUGAUUACAGAGAAGGUUGCAGCCUGCAAGGCAAGGUGACUAGCAGUACACACAAUGUAAAGUUGUUCAAGGGUAGUAUAAGUAUGCUGUAGGAUAGAUAGGUGAUUAAAGUUUGAACUGUUUUAACUUGUAAAUCAUUAAAAUACUUAAGAGAAAAAAGACUCCGAGAAAAUCAUUAGGCUACUGUAAGCAAUUGACAUAGAGUUUAUCACAAGUCAAUGUACUUGAGAUUCUUUUACAGGAGCUUCAGUUUGAUAGCUUGAUGUUCCAUGAAUUUAAAGAAUCACAUUUGGUUUCAGUCAUAAAAAACUAUAUUUUAUUUUCUUUUUUUUUAAACCAAGUAGCAUUUGAGGCUUAAAUUGAUAUUUUUAUGUACAUUUUGCUUCUAACAUUAAAUUCAAAGUUGGUAAAUGUGGUAAAUUGUACCUCAGAGGCCUAAAAUCUGUAGUUUGACUUUGAUUAAACAGUGGAAAUGUUUUUUCACACUCAGGAAAAUUUGCUGUUCACCUCCUCCACCCAAGUGUCUAGCCGAUCCAUUUGCUGUUGACAAAGCUGUUCAGGUUCUCAGUGAAGCAAGAAAACCUCUAGUUAUAAUUGGAAAAGGUACAAGCUAAAAAAAAAACUUCCAAUUAACUUUUCUUUAAUGCUAAAGAAGAAAUGAUUUGGUUGGAUCUAUUGCUGGACGUAAAGAGACCAAAUUUUUAAGGGAAAGAAAAUAUUUUAACCUUUUAACCCCUGAGAGUGACUAGCAUCUAAUUUCUCCCAACAGUUUAACCCCUGUAUCACACAGUAAGGUCAUGAGAAUAAAGGAAUGAUCACCAACUAAAUAUUCAAUUGAUUGAUGAACCAAUUCUCCUUGUCAGCACCUUAGGAAAUGUAUAGAGAACAGUAUGGAGAAUAUACAUACUGAUGUUAAGGUGUAAAAGGUGAAAUUUAAAGUUCCAGAUACCCAUUUUAACCCUUUACACCCAAACAUCAGUAUGUCUAUUCUCCAUACUGUUCUUCAUACAUUUCUUAAGGAGUUAAGAAAGAGAAUUUGUUGAACAAUCAAGAGCUUAUUUAGUUGGUAAUCAUGUCCUCUAUUCUCAUGACCUUAAUGUUUGAUUCAGAAGUGAUAUUGUAAGGAGAAAUUAGAUGCUAGUCACUCUUAGGGGUUAAAGGGUUAAGAGCUGUCUGCUGUGUUCAUUGUACCUGGUGUAAAAGAGUGACAAAAAAUGCCACACUUCUUACAAACUGGUAACUUUUUCUUCAGAUAAGUGAUGUGUAAUCAUAUGGACUUAGGAGAGCUGGGUAUGCAAGAGUCAGGAAUUAUUAUAUCCAAAUAUCAUUUGUUAGCUGCAUUUUGUUCUAAACCUCUCUAACUCUAUAGAGUGAUUAGCAUCUAAUUUCUCCUUACAAUAUCACCUUUGAAUCAAACAGUAAAUUCACAAGAAUAAAUGAAAUGAUCACCAACCUAAGAGGCUCCUGAUUGUUAACCAAAUUCUCCUUGUCAGCACCUUAGGAAAUGUAUAGAGAACAGUAUGGAGGAUAUACAUACUGAAAUUAGGGUGUAAAGGGUUUAUUACACAAUCUACAACAGUCUGACCUCUUCAAUUGUAUAGUCAGUAUUCAUAUUGGAUAUUCAAUUUCCUUUUGCAGGUGCUGCAUAUGCACAUGCUGAGAAACCUCUCCAGGAAUUUGUAGAGAGAUGCAAGUUGCCAUUUCUCCCCACCCCCAUGGGGAAGGGAGUGAUUUCUGAUGAACAUCCCCUCUGUGUAGCUGCAGCAAGAUCAAGGUAAGUACCUCUAGUUAUUGUUUAUGAAUAACAUGAAAUACAAGCUAUUACUAUACAGUUAUGAUAAAUAUAAACUAGGAAGAUAUCACAUUUUUCCCAAGGAAAAAAGGCAAGUUUCCUUUGAGAUACAAACUUCAGGAAUUUCUACAAUAGGAGAUUUUUAUGCAAGGAACAAGCUUACUGCUCACUCAUUCAGUUAUCAUUGAUAUCUCAGCAAUGGCUAAAAGCAUUUGGUAUGAUUCUUACGGUGAUUAAAGGGAUACAGGCACUCUUAUUGGUUGAGGAUUGCAUCAAUCUUGCUUUAGUCAUGUCCUUAAGCAAUUACAGAAAACCCUUUGGAAAACAAGUCCAUGUUUAAUCAGCCAAAACAACCUCAAUACAGUGACACAGCUUAUAAUAAAACUUGGUAACAAGUCCUCAAAAAUAUGGCUCGCAAAAACUAAAUGCACACAUGCUAUAAUAUUAUUGCAUGUGUCACUUUGCUUAUGAGCUUACAUAUUGAAAAUGUCUCGGAGCCCACAUGCAUGCACGCUGAUUGCACACCAUGCUAGUUCAGUUACUGUCUUCUUAACAAGUCACCUCAUGUUUUGUCAUUGUCAUGGAGGCAGGGAUAAAUACAAUAGAAGAAAAUUCCAAAGAGCACAAAACUAACCAUACACAUACAACCAGGCUUGAGGUCACACAUUUGCAGAUUGAAUUAGAUAAACCUGAUUGAAUUAGAUAAACCUGAUUGAAUUAAAAGAUAAACCUGAUUGAAUUAAAAGAUAAACCUGAUUGAAUUAAAAGAUAAACCUGUUAAAUUCUAAUGGAGACUGGCUGCUUAUCUCAAUUCAAUAAAAGUGACUAAGACGAUAGAAACAGAAUGGUGCUAACAACACAAUGAAUUUACAACAGAAUUGGGAAGCACCUGUCUGAGCAAUUACACCAAAACAACUGUUUGCCUCUGACUUAGUGAACAUUGUUGAAUAAUCUCCUCAACUUCAUCGCUAGGACUAUUCAACAAUAUUCACUUUGUCUUUGGCCAAUAAUUGUUAAUUGUUCUAGCCACAUUAAUAUUCCUUAUGCUCAUAUAUACUUUUGUCCUCAGAGCCUUAUCUCAAGCUGAUGUGAUCUUUCUGUUUGGUGCAAGAUUGAACUGGAUUCUUCAUUUUGGGAAACCACCAAGAUUUAGGCCUGAUGUUAAAAUAAUACAGGUAUAUAAUUCAAAUAAGCUGUCAGUAAAUACUUAUCCAUACAUUUUCUAGCAAACAGGUUAUGAUAAUACUCAAACUUAUCAGGUAGACAUUUACUUGAUGUAACACCAAGUUCUCGUGACUUAUGUACAAGGAAAUGUGUAGCAGCUAGAGGGGGGAAUUAACAAUCAGAUCUUGGGAGUUAAAGGGUUGAAAUAUACCCUUAUCUUAAUUUGCAUGAGCCAUCUUAAUUCAAUUAGUGUCGCUCCAAAUGGAUUUUGAAAUCUUAUGUAACCAUUUAAAUACAACUGUCAUAGUUAAAAUUAAGGAAUACAAUUAUACCAUUCAGUGACUUUCUUGUUUAGUGUGGAUUGUUGCUCAACUUUUGUUUUUCUCUAGAUUGAUCUCCAUGCAGAGGAAAUGAAUAACAAUGUACGUGCAGAGGUUGUGCUUUUGGGAGAUUUAAACAGAGUAGCAGAACAGGUACGCCUGUAUGAUUAGCUUGUAGCUCCUCAAAAAGUCUUUGUCUCUAAUAUGUAUUGGUAGGUACAGCUUUAGAUGUGUGGCUUAAACUUUUCAAAGUUCUCUCUUGGCCUCCUUGAAAAGCCUGUAAGCCUCAAGAGUGACUAGCAUCCAAUUUCUCUUUACCUUAUCACCCCUGAAACAAACAUUGAGGUGACAAGAAUAUAGGAAAUGAUCAUGAACCAAAAAAACUCUUCAUUGUUAAUCCAAUCUUCCUUGUCAGCACCUUGGGAAAUAUAAAAAAAAACAGUAUGGAGAUUAUACAAACUGAUGUUUUGGUGUAAAGAAUUCAUUUUAGCCAUCCUUAACCUCUUGUUUCCCAUUUUGGUUUAUUCCUUCUUCUUUGCUUUACCUAUACAUUCAAAAACUCUAGGUGUCAUACUAUUUAAGGGCUAAGAAAAAGGUCUGGGCUUGAGUCAAGUAGCCCACAUGGCAUCAAAACUUAUCCCAGUCUCCAAUGCACAAAAAGACAAGGAGUUUUGGUACUUCUCCUUGGAUGGGAUGCUUUUUGAUUGUUGAUUACCCCUCAGCAUUUUUUUUAGGUUUCUAAAUGUUGGCUGCUAUCCAUUUAUAUUCCUGGGUGAAGAGAGGCACUGUGUGGCUAAAUUAUCUUGCCAAGAUCACAAUGCGAUGAGUAGACCAGGUCUUGCACCUCUGGACACAGAUUCAGGUGUGCCAAUGGUCAGGCCAUGGCACUUCCAAUAAGAUUGAAAAAUGCCGUUAUGUAGCACCUCAACCUUAUUUCUCCCAUGAGUGACCAAGGCAGAAUCUCCUUACAAUAUCAAUACAAUAUCAACUAGAUUACUGAUGAGAAUAAAGAAAAAUAUCAAUUUGGGGAUAAUUAGUUGAUCCAAUACUAAAUUCUCCGAACAAACAUUAUAAGAAUUGUAUGGUUGACAGUGAGGAGAAUUAAAAAUUUGAUUUGGGAAUUAAAGGGUUAAAACCCCUCUUGUUUUGUUUUAGUUUGAUCAAUAAGAACUGCAACUCUCAGUGGGGUCUGAUAAAGCCUGUAUUUUGAAACCUGAUAAACUUUUUGUCCAUUCUUAAAUUGUGUCUGAUGAAGUGUCUUGGUGAACCCACAAGUUCCACUAUUUGAGAAUUCAUGGCAAGUUAUUUUUGUCUGUAGCUAGGAGAAGCAGUAAAGAGGAAAUUUGGAGAAGAUCUAGCAAACCCAUGUGGUUCCCCCAGCUGGAGAAAAGAACUCAAGGAAAAGUCAGAAACAAACAAGCAAGUCAAUGAGGUAUAGGUAUUGUCUUUGUUUAUUUUUUCUACUUUGAGUUCAAAGUUGCUCUUUUAAGUAUUGGUUUUACAGCACUUUAUCAAAUUUUGCUCAUAGUAUGAAUUUAUAUUUCAACAGGAACUUGCCAACGAGACUUCUGUUCCAAUGAAUUACUACCAAGUUUAUGGUCAGGUAAGUGGAAUAUUCAUAUUUUUAAAAUCAUCGUGCAAGCGUGGUGGUCCAUAUUGCCAAAUAUGAUCUCAGCUUCCCUGGCAUAAGACGACCAGAAGUAUUCCUUCUGCACUUAGCUGGGAUCCUUACUAAAUUGCCAGGUUUUUACCUAUAAAUACUUCUAGGCCAUUAGAAGCAUUGAGUUGCCCAAGACUUCAACCCAGACCUCUAGAAACGGAUUCUAGCUCACUAGCCAUGAAACUGAACAUUUCAUUUACCUCCCUGUCCAUAUGGACUGUUACAUGUAAUUAAAUGAGUACCAGUACUCUUACAAAUAGUCCUAGUGGCCUUAUAUGGUCUUGCAUUCUGCACAGCGAGGCAUUGUUACAUAGCUUGGUGGUGGAGGAGUGAACGAGUUUGAAGCACAGGAAUAUACUUUUCCUGGAAAACGGGAGGUAAGGAAUUUCGCUGAAUUGAAACUGGCACUUUUCUACAUUUUCUAGCUCAUAAAGCGUUUACCGCGUGACUGUGUUGUAGUUAACGAAGGAGCAAACACAAUGGACAUUGGACGAACCAUGAUACCCAAUCACCUCCCUCGAAACAGGUAUGAUGUAAUUUCAUUCUUUUUUUGUUUUCAAAAUCUGUCGUAAAUCUGUUUUAACUUUGUAGUUACUCAGAGACUUAUUACUUUACAUGAACAGUCUAGACAAGACACUAUUAAACCAACACCGUCGAAACUUAACCUUUUAAACCCUAAGAUUGAACAGCAUCUAGUUUCUCCUUACAAUAAUACUGCUAAUUCAUUCAUUUGAGAUCAUCAGAAUAUAGGAAAUAAUCACCAACUAAAGAAGCUCUUGAUUGUUGAACAAAUUCUCCUUGUCAGCACCUUAAGAAAUGUAUUAGAUAACAGUAUGGAGAAUGUGCAUACUGAUGUUAGGGUGUACAGGGUUAAACCAAAGUGAAUACAACGGCCAAUCGGAACAAGAGACAAAUUAAUUUCAAAGUAAAAACAAGUGAACCACGGGAAAACUUACGUGGCCGAGUCGCCUUUGGUUUUAGUUUUGAAUCUGACUGGUCGAGAAAGUGGCGUGAGUUUUCUGAACCAAUCACAUAGCGACGUAAAGCAAAACCAAAGCAGUCCUGGAUUACUGUUGACACUAGAUUGAAAAUUGCUCAAUCAAGAGUAAAAUGCGCCAGGCUACCGCAUCAUCUAAUGUGAAUUUCAAACCCGCACAUAAAGAAAUCGAAUCCUAAGGAGAGAAAUUCCAACUCAGACGAGUUUUUGUGCCCAAACUAUUGUUAUGUUAAAUUACAUCGAUUGACUUCCUCAGCUUACACUUUGUAAAUAUUUCCCUGCGUUUCAUCCCAGGCUAGAUGCGGGCACGUUUGGUACAAUGGGAGUGGGAACUGGUUUUGCCAUCGCUGCUGCUCUGUUAGCUGAGUCCGAAGCUGAUGACAAAAAUCCCCCCAGGAGGGUGGUGUGCGUCCAAGGCGACAGUGCUUUUGGUUUCUCAGGAAUGGAGCUUGAAACUGCAUGCAGGUAUCGUACAGCAAUAAACAUUUAAAGAUCAGCAUCUGUUGUCUUCUUGUAAUAUCAAUACACUGUUUAGCGUGCGGGUGUUAAGAAUUUGAAAAAAAACCAACAAACAAUGGAUUUUCCAAGGUGGACACUUACACUGAGGUGAAUAGUUGUUUUAGUAUAAAACAAAAAAAAAUGAGAUAAUAUAUCACAAAAAGAUGAUUUUAACUCAUUUAUUCUUGCAACGAUUACAAUAUUUCCGGGCGCAAAUCCCGUGCGAGUUUCCCGGAGGUGAAUAGCAUAGCGCCUUCAACGUUAUCCACUGCUUUACUUUCUACUUAAUAAAGAUGUUCCACAAAAUUCUGACGACUAACACCAAAAAAAGUCUACAGCAGUUUUGAAGGAGAAGCACCAUUUAAGCUAAGCGUUAAGGGACCUUUUAGUUGUGGUCGAGUUUUUUUUUCUUUUUUUAUAAAUUUCACUUUUUUUCCGUCAACCCAGGUAUAAUCUGCCAAUCGUCUUCAUCAUAGUAAACAACAAUGGUAUCUACAACGGAGUGGAUGAGGAAAGCUGGGACGAGUUGGGAAUCAAUCCUGCAAAAAGGUAUAGUUACAUGGUACAAGUGGUUGUGAACCGUCGACGGUAAAAAAGGAAGUAACGAGUGUUAUUAUAAUGUAAUUAUGUUUUCCUUUUUCUUAUUGCCUGUUGCAAGUCCUUCAAUUGUCUCAUGUAGAUUUUUGGUUACUUGGACGGGCGAUGUUCACGACUUUUGAACAUCAAAUGUUUUAACUGGAAUUGCACCUAUAAUUAAUUUCCUUUAUUAUGAUAACCCAAAUAGAAAAACACAUUUUAUUCCCCGUACAACACAGAAAAUGGCGAUGAUUGCAUGUUGAGACUCAAAAUCAAAAUUUUAAGUAGUUCACAUUUUCAAAAUUUUUAAUAAAUUUAAAUAAAAUUAAAUUUAGCUAUCUAUUCUCUUACUACUUAACACUGGCUACCACACCAACUACAGUUUGUAUAGUGGCGACCUGGUGGUGGCGUGAUUGCCUUUCAAAACCAUACGAUAUAACUCAAACUGGAGGCAGAGUAAAUACUUUCACAAUACUUUUAUUUGACAACAUACCAGAAUGAUUGUAUAACCCUGUUAUUUCCCCUUUGAAAUGUUAUUUAAGUCUUGUAUACCCCUGAUGAUAUUUAAGUCUUGUGAGUUCCCGUGGGAGUUUUUGGUUUUGGAUAAGCAAUUCUCAUCUUAAAGUGCUUUUCGAUCACAUGUCGUUAAAUCAAACCAAAGAAAGCACAAACAGCCAAUCAGAAUUAAGGAAAUAUACGAAAGAGCCAAUGAAAACUCAAAGUAAAGAAGCAAACUGCCGGUAGCGCGGGAAAACGCGAGUGAUCAAUACGCGAUCGGUUCUAUUUUUGGAUCUGAUUGGUUGAGAAAGUGGCGCGAGUUUUCUGGACCAAUCACACAGCGAAGUAAAGCAAAACUAAGCCAGUCACGGAUUACUUCAACUCUCAAUUCCAACUUGUUCUCCACGUUGUGUGAUAGGUAAAGAAAGAUUAUGUAUGAUAAAUAAAAGAUUUGUUUGUUUGUCAACAUUUCUCUCUAGUGCACCUCCAACAGCUCUUUUACCCAAGGCACGGUAUGAGAGAAUUAUCGAAGCAUUUGGAGGAAAAGGUUUCUUCGCAGAGACUCCGGAUGAACUGAAGAAAGCGUUGGAAAGCGCUUUCGUCGAGACGGGAAAGAAUAAGAAACCAGUGUUGAUCAACGUCAUGAUAAGCCCCUAUGCCGACCGCAAACCGCAGGUAAAGUAGUCAGAAAAUGCACAGAUUGAGCACCCUUAUGGUUUUGGGGAUGUUGAAAAAUCUUCCAAGUUCGUCAUUUACAAUCGGUGUCAAUUUUAACCACUCUUAGCCCUUAAACCUCCAUGAGUGACCAAGACAGAAUUUCUCCUUACAAUAUCGAUAGAAUAUCAACCAGAUAAGUGAUGAGAAUUUGGCGAGAGUAAGGAGGAGAGAUUUCUAAAACCCCUAGCGUCUAGGAGGCUAACUAAUGUUAUGUUCUGCAUUUGCUUUACAGGAAUUUUUCUGGCUUACACGCUCAAAGAUGUGAAUUUUAUUGCCAUGGGAAUCACCGCCAGAUGAUAGGAGAUGAGAUCGAACUCAUGAGGAUAAGAGAUCAGAACGUGCUGCACUCAAUCAAGAUCUUUCCUUCGAAUUGGUAGCCUGCUAAGAGAAAUGGAAAAUCACAAAUAACAAAAUCACAAAAGAUGGAAUCAAGACGCGUUGAUUAACUCUAAUACUUAUGCUCUCAAGCUGUAUUGACCUCUAGAUUCUUCUCAACGACUGCUUAAGACAUACCCGCUCCCGUCUACUGUGCAGGAUCAAGGCAAGCCUUAGAUAGCCUUCCUGACAACUUUACACAGUGGAGCUAAUGAAGAGUCGAGCUCAGACGAAGGCCCUGGAGAUGGGCAAUGCUGUGGAGACUUAGACCUUGCCUUUUUGGGGUGGGGAAAUGAACCUGAACUCUCAAAACUUCCUAGUGGAAUAAACGUGUUUUAUCAUUUAAUAUGGACGUGUUUAAUGGUUGAUAAUGUACAUGAAAAAAUCACAUGCUUCUGAUUGGCUGAAAGAGAGUGCAUUUUUCAUGUAACGCGAGUAGAGAUUACAAAUAUUCUGUUUAAGACAGAUACCUAGGAGAAACAGACGCUGGGUACAGCAACAUGGAUUGUUACUUGAGUAACAUUUUGAAGAACUGUGUGAAUUAAAACGUAGAUUGAAGUUAAACACAUGUUGGAAUUUUUGCUUUAUAAAUAGAGUUGCCCAAGCAGGC